ACUCCCGCUUUCACUGCCAUCUUGGCCAAAUUGACUGAUCACUCUGCAUGAUCCGCACCAUCUCCAGUUCCCCAAAAAAGACGCCCAAUCAAAUGACUGAUCAUAUUACAUGGGUCAAGCUCCCCAUGAUGAGGCAUCGUGACUCCGAGGAUGAACCCAAAUCGAAAAGGACCAGAUCGGGGCCUUCUCUUCUUCAACAAGAACUGGAAAAAAAAGAAAAGGAUGAAAGCGCCCUUGCCACUCUUGAAAGCCAGGCUGAAGGAUGUGCAUGUGGAGGGACCUUCAAGCAACCGCGUGGGUGAAAAUGAUACAAAGCCCGAAGAAACGGGUGAGGAUGGUGGGGAGGCUGCACUUGAGGUUGAUAAUGACACUAGUUGGAUGAGCCAUCGUUUGGAGUUCCCUAAGAAUGACGAGGCUGAGAUGCAUCGUGCUGAACAUGAUUACGAGGUCAUCGAUCCUUGAGCCAAGGUGUGAGGAAUACGCGAGGGGGAACAGGAACGAAAGAGGUCACGACGGUCCGAAGUUAGGCGAGCAUUUCGGAAAGGGAGAUAACUUAUCGUCUCAGGUUUUACGGCGCCCGUAACAUUCAUCAUCUCAUUCAAUCCAUCCCAUAAACAAGCCGCACUGAAGUAUUCACCAAUACCGGCAAGGUCCAUAUAAUCAGCCAGGCGAGAUCGAGAGAUGGAAGGAUGCGAGAA